UUCAAAUGACAGCAGCCCUUGACCGUGGACAUUUGCUUCCUUCCAACCAGAAAAGCAAGAGAACGUAGACCAGGUGGAAUCCAAACUUAAGGGGCUGGUUUAGGGACUCCAAACUUGGAGGGGAUGAUGCCUGCUGAGAGCCAGGAUUCUAGCGCCACUGGUCCGCCCACCCCAGAGGGGGCUGGCCUGCUCUACGCCACCCCCACCCCAAGUCACAACAGUAUACUUUUAAAUUCGUGCAGGAAAGGGGGGAGUUCCCAGCGUGCAGGUGUCCCAGGGUCUCCUGGUCUUGCAUUAGCACUAAGGAGCUAAAAACCUGGGUUUUUGUAUUUUUUUGGUCACAUUUAGGAUUUACGCUUUUCUUUCGGUUCCCCAUCUUUCCACGAGGCUGGGGGUGGGGGACCACACUGCGCGGACACCUUAUUUCAGUCUCUGCCACUUCUGCCUGGCCGGCUACUCCUUCCCACCCGCCGCCUCGGGCGGCUCAGGGAGUUUCAAACGCUGUGCCACUCGCUUGGGCUGGCGAAGGCGAUUGUCCGGGUUCCCUCUCCCUGCAGCCCGGGUUCCCGAGACGUUAGUCUUUGGCAGACAGCAUGACAUGCGGGUGAGUGUCCCGCUCCGAGUCUCGAGGCUCUGGCCAGGACGGCGGCUGUAAAACAAAAAAGAAGAAGGACGCAAUCCGUUAGCAGAGACUGCUCCCCGGGGAGGCGGCGCGGCUGCGCAGCGAGAGCAGCGCUCAGUGGUCCUGGCAGGUGCGCGGCCAGUGGAGGGGGCCCGGCGGUCCGCCCCGAGGACGGCCUCGGCUCCUCUCCGGCCACCGUCCCCCCCUCCAAGAAACUUUUCUUUCACUUGGAGAGGCUCCGUGUUGCCAUGAAAACGGAUUUUCCAAGGGGCCCGACCCUCCCCCUCAGGGGCAUCGGACUGGAAAAACCGAAAUGGCCAGAGAGCAGAGACAAAAAGGGGCCGCUAAGCGGGGGCCUGGAGCGAGAGAGCCGAGGCCGGUUCACCCCCUCCGCCCCACACACACUCUCCGCACCACCGCUUGUGAGCGCCUCGGCCCGGCCCCGGCAGCAGGCGGCUGACUGCUCGCCUUCACUCCAGCCAGCGGAGAGCCUCACAGCCCCUGUGCGCUCCGCGGUCCUGAAGCCUGUCUCCCGUGCCCCGGUCCCUGACCCCGGCUCCAUCCUCGGCGCGCAGGCCCGCGGCUUCCCCGCAGAGGGUCCUGCUGGGCCAGGGGCCGAUUCCUGGGAGGGCUUCUCGGAGCCGCAACCCGGGGCGCCUCUGUUGCGCCCGGCGUCCCCAAGAUCGCCCGGGUAACUGGCGAUGCCCGCAGCAGAAGCAGUCGGAGGACCUCCGCGCAGACAGCGGGAUGCUCUGCAGGGUGGCCCCGAGACCAGGCACCGCUCGGCCCUGACGGGGCUGCAAAGUUGUUUUCUGAACCCCGUGGGCGCCCCUCUGCCCCCUUCCCCCAAUCCUGCUCACGCGCCCCCUCCCCCCUCCGUCACCUCCUCGAGUUUCGUUCUUUCAAACUUUUUGAGACCCUAAUUGGUGGUCUCUGAGCGGCUCUCCGGGACUCCCGCCUCCUGAAUAACUCUCAUCACGUCACCGGGCCCCAGAGGGGCGCGGGGGUGAACGAAAGGGCUCCCCGAACUUUUUUUUUCCAGUGGGGCCGAACGGGGACUCCGUGAUGAUUGGCCAGGGCGCAUCACUGUGAGCCUGUCAAUCACCGGGCCUCCCGGUGGCGAGGGGCGGACCGAGUCCCAACCCCGGGGGAUCCGAGCAGGUAUAUAAGGGACCCGGCGAGCGCCUGGCCAGACUGCGAAUGCGGCCAGCUCGAGACAACGCAUCAGGUGCGACUAGCCUGCGGGUUCCUGCCGACUUGGCGCGGAGCACUUUGGCAAGCCUGCCCUUCCCGCCUGACCCGCCGGCCCCCCGGCCCCCAAGCGCCCCUCCGACGGAGUCCCCAGGCCUUUUCACCGUGGCCGCUCCAGCCCCGGGAGCGCCUUCUCCUCCCGCCACUCUGGCGCACCUUCUUCCCGCCCCGGCCAUGUACAGCUUGCUGGAGACCGAGCUCAAGAACCCCGUGGGGCCACCCACCCCAGCGGCAGGCGCGGGCGGCCCCGCAGCCCCCGGCGGCGCAGGCAAGAGCGGCGCGAACGCAGCCGGCGGAGCGAACGCAGGCGGCGGCAACGGCGGGGGUUCGAGUGGCGGGGGCGGGGGCAGCGACCAGGACCGCGUGAAGCGGCCCAUGAACGCCUUCAUGGUGUGGUCCCGUGGGCAGCGGCGCAAGAUGGCCCUGGAGAACCCCAAGAUGCACAACUCCGAGAUCAGCAAGCGCUUGGGCGCCGACUGGAAACUGCUGACCGACGCCGAGAAGCGGCCGUUCAUCGACGAGGCCAAGCGACUGCGCGCCGUGCACAUGAAAGAGUACCCGGACUACAAGUACCGGCCGCGCCGCAAGACCAAGACGCUGCUCAAGAAGGACAAGUACUCCCUGCCCGGAGGCCUGCUGCCCCCCGGCGCCGCCGCCGCGGCCGCCGCCGCCGCCGCCGCCGCCGCCGCCAGCAGCCCGGUGGGCGUGGGCCAGCGCCUGGACACGUACACACACGUGAACGGCUGGGCCAACGGCGCGUACUCGCUGGUGCAGGAGCAGCUGGGCUACGCGCAGCCCGCUACCAUGAGCAGCCCGCCGCCGCCGCCCGCGCUGCCGCAGAUGCACCGCUACGACAUGGCCGGCCUGCAGUACAGCCCCAUGAUGCCGCCCGGCGCCCAGAGCUACAUGAACGCCGCCGCCGCCGCCGCCGCCGCCUCGGGCUACGGGGGCAUGGCGCCCUCGGCCGCCGCCGCCGCGGCCGCCGCCUACGGGCAGCAGCCCGCCACCGCCGCCGCCGCGGCCGCCGCCGCCGCCGCCAUGAGCCUGGGCCCCAUGGGCACGGUGGUGAAGACCGAACCCAGCUCGCCGCCGCCCGCCAUCACGUCGCACUCGCAGCGUGCGUGCCUCGGCGACCUGCGCGACAUGAUCAGCAUGUACCUGCCACCCGGCGGGGACGCGGCUGACGCCGCUUCGCCGCUGCCCGGCGGCCGCCUGCACAGCGUUCACCAGCACUACCAGGGCGCUGGGACUGCCGUCAACGGAACGGUGCCGCUGACCCACAUCUGAGCGCCCGCCUGCGCGCGCCGCCCCUCCGCCCCCAUCCCGCCCCGCACCCCCGAGUUGGGACGCCUUGUUGUUUAGCUUUGCUUGCCUGGGACCGUUGCCUUGUACCGAUGAUGGGGAGGACAGAAAGUUUUGCCGUAGCUGUCGGGUUUUGUACAAAAGCAAAAAGUCCGGAGCAGCGGAAGUGGGACUUUCUAGAGCUCGCCUGCCCCUCGCCGCUGCCCCUCCCUCCCCUUUUGUAGGCUGGGAAUCGCUGUGAUGUUUGCAGAGAAAAAGCAGCCCCCCCUCCUCCUCCUCCCGGGUUCCUGGGUUUUUCUGUUGCAUUUGAAAAUGUUGUCUCGUUAGUUUGCUGUUAGCCGAGGAGUGAGUGAAUAGGAGAAGCGUACUCUCGGGUGAGGCUGGCCCGAGAACUGCAACGCCUCCUCCCCCUGUCGCGUUGUAGCGGUUUUCCUGGUGGGUUCUUGCGGGGGUGGGGGGGCGCUGACCGCGCGGAGUGGCGCGGCAGCCGAGGCCGAUGUUAAUUUAUAGCCGGGUGUGCGUGUGUCUCCCGCCUCGCCGCCCCUGGCCGCGGGACAGCUUCUGUCCAGUCCGCAUUUAGGCUGUUGAGUUGGUGAUUUCUGCCGUGAUCUGUUUGAUAUUUCGUCGCGCUAAUGUAUUCACAUUUCGUUUGGGUGGUGGGGAAGGGGGUAUUUUGUUUCAGGUUUUUCAAGGUUUUACUCUUAAUUCCUAAAUGAGAGAUCAAUAAAUUUUAUAACCAA